UUCACUGCGCAGAGGCGCUACAGCAGCUCAUCACAUGAUUCUUCUCUUGUGACAAUCCGAACAGACAGGAAAAGCCUUUCCGACUUCCCGCUGAGUUUUGCUGAGCUGCGAUGACAGAUGACUGUUGUUUUGGUAUCAGAGGACCAACUUUAAGGAGGGAAAUGGAGUUGAGUUAACCAUUACCAGUCACACUCAGAUCAUUCCCGUCUCUGAACUGGACGUUUGGGGUUGUUGCGCCGCCCGGGGGACAAAGUUGGCGCAUGGAGAGGGACGAAGUUUCAUUUUUGCGCAGCGUAUUUUCUUUUAUUUUGUCGCCACUGAGUGCUAGCGAACCUCCCGUAGCAACGAACGCCAAGUAGUUCGGUUUCGACCCCCUUUGUGUGCAUGUUUGUGUGGCUGAUUUGAGGUCAGACAACGAGACAAGUUGAGGACACGUUACGUCGGGCGAGAUGGUGGACAGCAAACCUCUUCUCCAGGACAGACCGCCCGCCUACAACGCCGUCCCGGGUGCUUACGACUACGGCCCGCAGCAGCAGCAGCACAACUAUGGGGCCAUCGCCGCUGCGGCCCCGCCGCCCUACGCGUACCCCGCUGGUCAAGGUUACCCAGCAGCCCAGAUGCCCCCUGCUGUAUCCCAGCAGCCUUACCCUGGGACUUACGCCAUCAUCCAACCCUCUGUAGUGGUGGUGGGAGGCUGCCCUGCUUGCAGAGUUGGUGUCCUCGAGGAUGACUUCACUUGCCUGGGGAUCCUGUGUGCCAUCUUCUUCUUCCCCUUGGGUAUCCUCUUCUGCUUUGCACUGCGUCAGAGAAGGUGUCCCAAUUGUGGCGCCACCUUUGGCUAGGGGGACCAAACUACAGCUCUCACACGCUUCCCAUGCAUAUACAUACACAGAGAUAAUCUGGGAUUUUCAUUUUGUUUUCUUAUCCUUUGUUAAUAUUGCACAUUGCUGUUAUGCCAUUAUGUUAUAUAAAUAUAUGUAUACGACAAAUGACGUAGAUAUUACCAUGAUUUUCUAUUAGAGGCAUGUGUAGAAAUGUGUUUUCAUCCGCGAGCUGAGGAUCUACUCUGACAUGUGUCCAGCUGUUGUCAGUGCCUUCACUACAUGCUGAGUGAUCAUUCGAUUCCAUCAGUCAUGAUUUCUUUCGAUGAUUUCGCUCUUUAUCUGAGGAUCUGAGCAGAUUCCUUUGUUUUGCCAAGUCACAUUUAAUCAAGGCAUAUGUAG